AUGCCGGAAGCGAAUGGCGCGUCGAGCAGCUCUGCUGACGCGAUACUGCACAUUUCGCCCGAUGACUCGGAUCUUGUGGAUUUCUCCCUCACACAAGUGCAGGACACCGUACUGCCGACCACCAGCGCUGUGCCAAGCACCACAACACCGUUGACAUCGCCAGCGCCAACGUUGCCGGCGACUUCACUGCCGCCCCUGGAGCAUGGCCUCAUUCCUGUGUCAACGCGUUUCUGGUUCGGUGUGUUCAGGGAGCUGGUCGACCCAGACUUGCUCAACAAGGACGCGCCCAGCACAACUCGCUAUGUCCCGGCCGAUGUGCCGCUCUGUGAGCGCCCGUCAAAGCUCCAGUGGUUUUGUAUUGAUGAUGAUCUUGUGUAUAUGAGCUUCUCAAACGACUGGGGUCCUUUGAACAUUGCCAUGUUCUAUCGAUUCUGCGUCCAUGUCCACCAGAUGCUCAUGGACCCCCACAUGGACGGCACGCACCUUGUUCUGUACACGAGUACGCACCCUCACCACAAGGCCAAUGCUGCGCUUCUUUGUGCGAUGUAUGCGAUGACCAUCGACCACAUUUCUCCCGCCGAUGCAUUCUACCCAUUCAGCGAAAUGGAGUUCCAGCCGUUCCGUGAUGCAGGAUACGGCCGGGCAGACUACAGUCUUACGAUCCAAGAUAUUCUGUAUGGCGUGCGCCGCGCAUUGGAUCAUGACCUGCUCGACCUAACGACCUUUGACUUGGAGUCGUAUGAAUACUAUGAGCAAGUGCAUAAUGGCGAUUGGAACUGGAUUACGCCUCACUUUCUGGCGUUUGCCAGUCCCAAAGACCGAGCUUAUAUGUCCACGCUGGCGUCCCAGGGCCCCCAUGCUGCAGCGUGCAUGGCAAAGCGCAUGCCUAUGAACCCUGCCCUGCGCAAGACCGUCGAGUACUUCCAGGACCAUAAGAUCACGCUCGUCGUGCGACUGAACAAUGCCUUGUACUACAGUGGAGCCUUUGAGCAGGCCGGGAUUGAGCACAAGGACAUGUACUUUGAUGACGGCUCCAAUCCCUCCGAUGAAAUUAUCCGUGCCUUUAUUCGCGAAGCUGACCGCACCAUCAAGGCUGGUGGCGUCAUUGCCGUGCAUUGCAAAGCAGGCCUUGGCCGGACUGGUGUCUUGAUCGGUGCCUAUUUAAUUUGGCGCUACGGAUUCUCCGCCAGUGAAGUCAUCGGCUACAUGCGCCUUAUGCGGCCCGGCUGUGUCGUGGGACCGCAGCAGCAUUUUAUGUACGAGAACACGGCCAAGUGGAUUCAGUGGGGCGCUGAAGACAGACUGCGUGCAGAGCUCGCACGAGAACUCUCAGCGCCUGCCGCGCCACAGACACCCGCACCCUCAAAACGGGUCGUAGACGCGCCUGCCACGGCGCCUGUCAACCGUAUGGCCAAGACGACGCCCUGUGUCGGACAGCCACGGAAAAGCCCCACGUCCAAGCGCCGGCGUUUGGACGAGGUGCCAAGCUGCUUGCGUGUACCCUCUGACGAGUCUGAUGCUAAGACUGUCGCGGCACAGCUGGACAGUGCACCCUCAUCGCCGCGCACGGAUGCCGAAGUGCUUGGCGUGCUGGACCCGGAGCCUUCGCCGACAGCGACGUCGCCCACCUCGACAGCAGGCGAGAAAGCACCUCGUCUUGCUCAGCCAGGGACCGCCAGUCCCACACGAGCACGGCGGGUGAUGACACCAUCUCAGCCCAGUGCUCUCAGCCCCGCGCGAUCGCCUGUACCCAAGGUACGCGCCUCCCCCCGAAUGUCGCCUGCUCGUGUGGGCGCAGAAAACCGGCCACCGACACUCCGCUCGACCGUUCGCAGCCCGCGGGCACGCACAUAG